GCACGUGGAUUGCGUUGUGGUGUCAAGCGGCUUCUGCUCAACAACUGGCAGAGGAUAGCCACUACAGGCUGAAUCCAGAUAUUGUUUGUUUUUAGCCAAGAUUGAUCAACACUAGCCACUAUUGUUUUGCCACCAGAUAUGGCUACGGCGGCCGCUCAGAAGGUUGCCGAGGUGCGCGAGGUGACGCGCCUGGAGCGGGUCGGCGCACACUCGCACAUCCGCGGCCUGGGCCUGGACGACGCGCUGGAGGCGCGGCCCGUCUCGCAGGGCAUGGUCGGCCAGCCGGUGGCGCGCCGCGCGGCCGGGCUCGUCCUGCAGAUGAUCCAGGAGGGCAAGAUUGCCGGCCGAGCUAUCCUCAUCGCUGGCCAACCGGGGACUGGCAAGACGGCGUUGGCCAUGGGCAUGGCGCAGGCGUUGGGACAGGAUACACCCUUCACCUCCAUGUCCGGUUCCGAGAUCUACAGUCUGGAGAUGAACAAGACGGAGGCGCUGAUGCAGGCCUUCCGCAAGUCCAUCGGCGUCCGAAUCAAGGAGGAGACGGAGAUCAUCGAAGGAGAGGUGGUGGAGAUCCAGGUGGACCGGCCCGCCUCCGGCACCGGCGCGAAGGUCGGCAAGCUGACGCUCAAGACCACCGAGAUGGAGACCAUCUACGACCUCGGCACCAAGAUGAUCGAGUCUCUUGUCAAGGAGAAGGCGCAAGCUGGUGACGUUAUCACCAUUGACAAGGCCACUGGCAAGAUCACCAAGCUGGGCCGUGCGUUCACGCGCGCGCGCGACUACGACGCCACGGCUCCCCAGACGCGCUUCGUGCAGUGCCCCGAGGGCGAGCUGCAGAAGCGCAAGGAGGUGGUGCACACGGUGACGCUGCACGAGAUCGACGUCAUCAACAGCCGGACGCAGGGCUUCCUGGCGCUGUUCUCCGGCGACACGGGUGAGAUUAAGUCUGAGGUACGGGACCAGAUCAACACCAAGGUGGCCGAGUGGAGGGAGGAGGGCAAAGCAGAGAUCGUGCCAGGAGUGCUCUUCAUCGACGAGGUGCACAUGCUCGACAUCGAGUGCUUCUCCUUCCUGAACCGUGCGCUGGAGAACGAGAUGGCGCCGAUCCUGGUGAUGGCCACCAACCGGGGCAUCACGCGCAUCCGCGGCACCAGCUACAGCUCGCCGCACGGCGUCCCCAUCGACCUGCUGGACCGCACCGUUAUCAUCUCCACCCGGCCGUACCAGGAGAGCGAGACCAAGCAGAUCCUCAAGAUCAGGUGCGAGGAGGAGGACGCCGAGAUGUCGGACGACGCGCUCACCGUGCUUACCCGGAUCGGCAUGGAGACGUCGCUACGUUACGCCAUCCAGCUGAUUACGCUCGCCUCGCUUGGUGGCGCGCAAACGGCACUCGUCCAGAGAGGUAAGACCGGGCCGGAACGGACUCUCGCCGAGGCGGACGUGAUCCAGCUGACCACGCUCGCCUCGCUGGUGACGCGCAAACGCAGCUCGUCAGAGGUAAGACCGGGCCGGAACGGACUCUGGCGGAGGCGGACGUGA